UUCUGGCUUCUGUCGCCCCCGAACAUGACUCACGACGCGACGACUAUGCGACAAGACAACGACUGUGAAGACUCCCGGUAGCAUCAACUUCGCCCCUCUAACCCACCACACCCACCCCCGCCAUCAUGGAGGCGCCGCGCACCUCGGCCAAGCAGCAGGUCGUGGACCGCAUCCCCGCGCGCAUCAAGCACAUCCAGUUCGGCAUCUACUCCAACCAGGACAUCGUGAACCAGGCCGUCCUCGAAGUCUCCGACCGCAAUGUCUACGACCUCCAGCCCGCCGCCGACGGCACGCGCUCCCUCACGGCCAACGGGCCCAUGGACACGCACAUGGGCAUAUCGAGCAAGCAGGGAAAGUGCGGAACCUGCGGCGAAGGCCUGGACAAGUGCAACGGUCACUUUGGCCACAUCAAGCUUGCGCUGCCCGCAUUCCACGUCGGAUACCUGAAGCACAUCAUCGAGGUGCUGAACUGUAUAUGCAAAGAUUGCUCGCGCGUACUGCUGGAUGAGGUGGAGCGGCGGAGAUACUUGCGCAGUAUGCGCCGGCCAGACAUGGACACGCUGCGAAAGGGCGCCGUCACCAAGAAGAUCCUCGACGACUGCAGGAAGAAGAAGACGUGCCCGUACUGCGGCGCUUUGCAGGGUACCGUCAGAAAAGUACCCGGCCAUCCGCUCAAGAUCAUCCACAACCGAUACGAUGCCUUCAACCGAUCCACGGCUAAGACGAAGAAGCCACCGGCAGGCAAGAUCGAGUUUGACCAGUCCUUCGAUGCCGCCAAAUCCGCCAACCCAGACCUAGACAAACACCUGAAGAAGGCUGUAGACGAUAUGCAUCCGCUGAGGACGCUCAAUCUUUUCAAAAAGAUCUCCCCGGAGGACUGCGAGCUGCUAGCCAUGAUACCCGAGGAUGCGCGACCUGAGAUGUUGAUCUGGGAGUACAUGCCUGUACCGCCCGUGGCGCUGCGUCCGUCAGUCAUGCAGGAAGGUGGCGCCACCGAGGACGAUGUAACGAACAAGAUUGGAGACAUCUGCCAGAUUAGCAGUAUAAUACGCGCCGGUCUUGCGCGAGGCUUUCCACUUCAGAUCUUAAUGGAGCAGUGGGAUUUCCUGCAGCUGCAGAUAGCCAUGUACAUCAACAGCGACGCGCCUGGUCUGAAACAGCAAGGCUUGCAGAAGACUAUGCGCGGUUUCUCUCAGCGCCUGAAGGGAAAGGGUGGUCGUUUCCGACAAAAUCUUUCCGGAAAGCGUGUCGACUUUUCUGGACGUACUGUCAUUGGACCCGAUCCAAAUUUGAGCAUUGACGAAGUCGCUGUCCCAGAGCGCAUUGCGAAGAACCUCACGUACCCCGAAAAGGCCACACGAUACAACAUCGACAAGCUAAGGAGACUUGUGAAGAACGGGUCAAACAGAUAUCCCGGUGCCAACUACAUCAUUAGCGAUCAAGGGCCGAACAAGGAGCCUAGCAAGACGUCACUUAUCGGUCUUUCGCGGUUCGACACAACCGGUGAGCGACUAGAGGGCGCCUCGAAGCGACUCAAGAUCGGCGACAUCGUCGAGCGCCAUAUUGAGGAUGGCGACAUUGUCCUCUUCAAUCGACAACCGUCUCUACACAAGCUUAGUAUUCUGAGUCAUCGAGCGAAAGUACGACCAUGGAGGACAUUCCGAUUGAACGAGUGUGUUUGCAAUCCGUACAAUGCCGAUUUCGACGGUGACGAGAUGAACUUGCACGUACCACAGACCGAGGAGGCGCGAACUGAAGCUACAGAGCUCAUGGGCGUCAAGUACAACCUUGCAACCCCAAAGAACGGAACACCAAUUAUCGCAGCUAUCCAAGAUUUCAUUACUGCAGCAUACCUUCUAAGUAACAAGAACAACUUCUACGAUCGACGGACAUUCUGUCAGAUCGUAAACUACAUGUUCAACGGAGAAGGAGCUUUUGAUCCAGAUACAGGAAAGAAGCACCCUAUCGACAUUCCGCCUCCUGUGGUAUGGAAGCCUCAAGCACUUUGGACUGGAAAGCAGGUUUUCAAUCUUUUGAUGAAGCCAUACAAGGGCUGUAGAGUGCUGAUCAACCUCGAAGCUGCAUGCAAGCAGUUCAAGAACACCCCUGACCAGGCUCCUGAUCUGAACGAGAACGAUGCUUACCUUGUUAUUCGCAAUUCCGAAGUCAUGUGCGGUGUCAUGGACAAGGCCACUGUUGGUGAUGGUAAGAAGGAUUCCGUCUUUUAUGUCAUGAUGCGAGAUUUCGGCCCCGACCACGCCGUCCAAGGCAUGAACAGAUUGUCCAAGUUAUCCGCGCGAUGGCUUUCCAACAACGGCUUCUCUCUUGGUAUUUCCGACGUUACUCCUGGAGAGAAGCUCAACAAGAAGAAGCAAGACCUUGUCGAAGAAGCCUACGCCAAGUGCGACAAGUUGAUCAAGGAUUUCAAGGAGGGAAAGCUGCAGCGCGAUCCCGGUUGCGAUGAAGAGCAGACAAUGGAGAACAGGAUAGGUGGUAUCUUGUCCGGUGUUCGUCAAGCGGCUGGUGACAUUUGUUUCGAAGAGCUCAGCAGAUGGAACUCGCCCUUGCUCAUGGCCAAGUGUGGUUCCAAGGGAUCCAACAUUAACGUUUCUCAAAUGGUUGCUUCCGUCGGACAACAAAUGAUUGGCGGUGCUCGUGUCGCUGAUGGAUUCCACCAUCGAACGCUACCCCACUUUCCCAAAGCCGCUCGUCAGCCUGCGUCCAAGGGUUUCGUUAGUAACAGUUUCUUCUCGGGACUGACACCAUCCGAAUUCAUCUUUCACGCUAUGAGUGGUCGUGAAGGUCUGGUCGAUACAGCUGUCAAGACCGCCGAGACUGGUUACAUGAGUAGACGAUUGAUGAAGUCACUGGAAGAUCUUUCUGCACAAUACGAUGACACUGUCCGGAACUCGUCUGGAACUGUAGUCCAGUUCCAGUAUGGAGACGACAACCUCGAUCCCGUGGACAUGGAGGGCAAGGCCAAACCUGUGCACUUUGACAGGACAUUCUCACAUGCCGUCACAUCGACCUGGGAUAACUCUGAAUCGGGAUUGACGCCUGAAGAAGUCAAGGAGUACACAGAAGCAAGGCUGAACACCGAACGAAACAAGUACCCAAGGUACAAGCUAGACGGUGUGACGCCGCUGGAGUAUCGCGACAGGACCGACGCUGGCAUCGACCAGAAGGAGUCUAUGCGUGACUUCCUCGAUACGGUUCAAGACUACGUUUUCAAGAAGGCAAAGAAGCUUGAGACUACCCUUGCUUACCUCGGGGUGGUACAACCGGAUGGCAGAAAGGAUAGGAAACAGUCAGCAGCUGAUGCGGAGAAGUACAGUCUUGCCGAUGGUAUUGCAAAGAUUUCACAUAGCGCACUGGACGCCUUCAUAACACUCUGUCUAACUAAAUACCAUCGAUCACGAGUACAGCCCGGUCACGCUGUCGGGGCUAUUGGUGCUCAGUCUAUCGGUGAACCCGGAACGCAAAUGACGCUGAAGACUUUCCAUUUUGCUGGUGUCGCCGGUAUGUCCAUCACUCAAGGUGUGCCCCGUAUCAAGGAGAUUAUCAACGCCUCCUCCACCAUCUCAACACCUGUCAUCGCCUGCGACCUUUCGAACAAGGUCUCUGAAUCUGCGGCGCGAAUCGUCAAAGCGCGUGUCGAAAAGACCUACCUUCGCGACGUCAUUUCGUAUGUUGAAGAUGUCUGGCAUCCUACCGGCGCGUACAUUGCUAUGCGCAUCGACUGGGAUACCAUCAACCAGCUUUUCGUCGACGUCCAGCCCCACGAGAUCGCCGCGGCGAUCAACGCCCACAAACCCCUCAAAUGGGGUAAAGCUGGCGCCCAAGUCCGCAUAUCCUCAUCCAUAAUUCGCGUCGAAGUCCCCGACCCCAACGCGGCCAAGAAGCGUCCUACAAAGACAACACGCAACCACAAAGAAUUCUUCGAACGCGUCCAACAAGUAAAGGCACUUAUCCCCGACGUCGUCAUCAAGGGCUACCCAGACUGCUCCCGAGCCAUCAUCAAAAAGGAAAGCAGCCCCAACGCCCAAGGUCAAUACGAAUGUCAACUCCUCGUAGAAGGCUACGGUCUCAGCGACUGUAUGACCACCCCAGGUAUAGAACCUUACAGCACAAAGUCCAAUCACGUCAUGGAAGUCAAAACCGUCCUCGGCAUCGAAGCUGCCCGCGCAACCAUCGUGCGUGAAAUCGGCGACGUCAUGGGUAACAUGGACAUUGAUCCUCGUCACAUGCAGCUUUUGGCCGAUGUCAUGACGUUCAAGGGUGAAGUCUUUGGUAUCACGCGUUUCGGUCUGCAGAAGACGCGUGAUUCCGUCUUGCAGCUUGCAUCGUUUGAGAAGACGCCGGAUCAUCUGUUCGAGGCAGCCGCGAGGGGUAAGACGGAUACUAUCGAUGGUGUUAGUGAGUGUAUCAUUAUGGGUCAGAGUGUCAAACUCGGAACUGGGUCGAUGCAAGUUGUCAGACCAUUGUAUCUUGGGGCUGAGGAGCUCAAGGUCAAGAAGACGAUGUUUGAAGAGGGUUGGGAUGCUUUGUGAUUGAGUUCUGAUGGAAAGAGAGGGGAGUUGAGGUCGCAAAGGAGGUGAGAGACGUACAUAUGCAUGGGCUAGGCGUAAAGAUCAUUUGAUUUGUUCGCGAAAAUGGGGUUAUCUGCAUAGCGAGUAAGUAAAAUUCACACAUUUAUUCAACC